GACACUAAUUUGUUUGAGAUGCCCGUGUGUGUGUGAGACGCGACAGUCAGUUGAAGGUUCCCACAAACAUCACACGUAUAUUGUUCAAGCUUAGUGUAGUGUUUGACGUAUUCAAUGAAAUCCUGCAUUUAGUCGGAUUUUAUUUUGACCGUGUUUUUAUAGAACCCAAUGACGUAACAUCCUCAACAUGAAAGAAUACAAUCUUAAGCUACCCACGCGCAAUGUCCUCACCGGAGCCGUGGUCAACUGGGAGGACGACGAAAUGGGAGUGAUGGGAGAUAGCCCGGAGAAUCUGACAUUAGCUUGGAAGGACUUAUCUGUGUUUAGAAAGAAGAAGAUACACACUAGCAUGUGGAGAUCGGCGGUCUAUGAAGAGGUUAAAGUGUUGCAUGGAGUAAGCGGCAGUGUCUCGUCCGGAAAUCUGGUGGCGUUAAUGGGUUCAAGCGGGGCCGGAAAAACCACACUCUUGGCCGCCAUCAGCCGUCGUGACAAGAGCGCUCUGACAGGCUACCUCAUGCUAAAUGGAAGAUUAGCCGGCGCUGACCUGAUCGCCAGGAUCUCAGGCUUCGUGCCUCAGGAGGACUUGGCAAUCGAAGAUCUCACCGUAGCUGAGCAUAUGGAGUUCAUGGCGCGUCUCAUGAUGGACAAACGGUCAACCAAAAUAAUGAGAGCCAAAAGAGUCGAACAGUUGCUUGGCGAACUUGGUGUUAUGAGCUGCACGAAGACUAAGCUGAAGGCGUUGUCUGGAGGCGAAAGGAAGAGGGUCGCUUUGGCUGUACAGCUUCUAAACGACCCGCCCAUUCUCUUCUGCGAUGAGCCAACAACGGGGCUGGACAGUUGGGCUGCGAGCGCCGUGGUGUCCAGGUUAAGGAAGCUGGCGAUCGGUGGCAAACUAGUCAUAUGCUCAGUCCACCAGCCGGCGUCAGGAGUGUUCGAGAUGUUCCACCAGAUUGUGUUUUUGGCGAACGGCCGAACCGCCUUCCAUGGAACCAUUGCACAAGCGGACCAGUUCUUUGGAUCGUUAAACUACAAGUGUCCGCUUGGUUUCAACGCUGCCGAAUACUAUGUAUCCCUACUAGGAAUCCAGAUCGGUAAAGAGUCAGAGAGCCGAGAGAGAAUUAGGCGGAUCUGCGACGAAUAUCACCGGUCGGACAUCGCUGCCGAGAUUGAGGCUAGAGUUGGAGAAGUACAUGAUGAAGUCGAUUACUUUAAUGGAACUCUUGAUGAGAAGGUGAGUUUUUUUUUAUGUGUUUGUGUCACAUUAAAUGGCCCCAAACUAGAACUUGAAGUACAUGAUGAACUAGAUUACUUCAAUGGAACUCUUGAUGAGAAGAACGAAUAUUUCGAGAAAUAUCUCACCCUAGUCAAAGUUAACUAUUUCGUCCAAUUCUAUUGGUUGAUGUGGAGAAACAUUCAGCAGAUGAAACACAAUAGUACAAUAUGGAUCGCAGAAUUUUUAUUGCUCAUGUUUGUCGGCUUCAUAAUUUCCUUCCCCUACAUCGGACACUUCAAAGAGCUUGACCAACGUGACAUUCAGAACGUGGAAGGUUUGCUGUACCUAACCAUCACAGAGACGAUAUUCUUGUUCAUCUACGCCGUUUUCAUCACUUUCCCCAGUGAGGUUCCCAUACUACUGAGAGAGACUGCCAGUGGAUUGUAUUCACCGCUGCCAUACUACUUAUCGAAGAUGAUAUUUUGGAUACCUCGCGCUGUUAUUGAGCCCGUUCUGUUCGGUUCCCUCAUAUUUAUUGUGGCGGAGCUUCGUGGCGGUUUCGUCGGCUGGCUAGGAUUCUGUUUCGUCUGUGUUCUUUGUGCUAACUACGCCAAUGCAUACGGAUCUUUUUUGUCGUCUGUCUUCGACAAAAUGGAAACCGCUGCACUGGUAUCCGUGCCCUUCGACCUCAUCGGGACAAUGUUCUCUGGAUUAUACCUCAACCUUGGAAGUGUCUCCCCGUAUUUCUCGUGGCUUCGUUUUGUUUCAGCCUUUUACUAUGGCAUCGAAUCCAUAUCCAUCCUCCAAUGGGAUUCCAUAGAGUCCAUCGACUGCGUCAAACUCCCGGGUAUACCUUGCAUCAAAACCGGUCCUGACGUUUUGAACAGAUACGGCUACUCCGAAUCUCAUUUCUGGAGGAACUGUUGUUGUUUAGCGACGAUGUAUUGUGUAGCGCAUUUUGUAGCUUUUAUUAUGGUGAUAAAAAGAAGUAGAGGCACGCCCGUUUACUGAUGGGUAAUGUUUUAAUUGAAUAUCAAAUUAUUCCUAAAACACCAUUCGGAAACUGAUUCUGGCUAAGCGCUAUUCUUGCUCGGUACCAUUGUACGGUGAGAAGUCGUUUUCCGAAAUCGGUUUAACUAAUACCGGCGCGUUUUUAUUUUUAUUUUUAAGUUUCAUUUAUUUCUAUAUCAUUACCAGACUUUCAUCGCUACCUCAAUGUCUAACGGGGUGUUUUGAAUUCUAAUUAUAAAGUCAGACCCCUUUUAGACAAAAGACAUUUAGUUUUAAUGCUUUUCGCCAUAAGGUUGUGAUUUCGAUGCUCGAAAGUUUUAGAUAGUGAGAAAAUGGCAAUUGAGAGAUCUGAUAAACUCAUCAUGACUGGUUUCACAUUGUAUCAAACGAUGUUACGAAUUGAUUUUGAUAAAAAUAUGUUUUAUGUAUUUCAUAUUGGAAUCAAAUGUCAACAGAAUUUCUAGAUUAAUAAAUUUCACUGAUGUGAGCCUUAUUA